AUGGGGAAAACUCAAAAGAAGCACAGUAAAGGUCGUUUAGAUCGUUACUAUUACUUAGCUAAAGAAAAGGGGUAUAGAGCUCGUUCUUCUUUCAAGAUUAUUCAAAUUAAUGAAAAAUAUGGUCAUUUUUUGGAGAAGUCUAAAGUUGUCAUUGAUUUAUGUGCCGCCCCUGGUUCGUGGUGUCAGGUUGCAUCGCAAUUAUGUCCUAUUAACUCCUUGAUUAUUGGGGUUGAUAUAGUACCUAUUAAGGCUUUACCAAAUUGUAUUACAUUUCAAUCUGAUAUUACUACGGAAGACUGUAGAUCUCAGUUGAGAGGUCAUAUGAAAACGUGGAAAGCUGAUACCGUGUUACAUGAUGGUGCUCCGAAUGUUGGUUUAGGAUGGGUUCAGGAUGCAUUUACUCAAUCACAUUUAACAUUACAAGCUUUAAAAUUAGCAGUUGAAAAUUUAAACACAGGAGGAACGUUUGUUACCAAGAUUUUCAGAUCCAGAGAUUAUAAUAACUUAAUGUGGGUAUUUCAGCAAUUAUUUGAAAAGGUAGAAGCAACCAAGCCGCCAGCUUCUCGUAACGUUUCGGCAGAAAUUUUCGUUGUUUGUAAGGGGUAUAAGUCUCCAAAGAAGUUGGAUCCAAGACUUUUAGACCCGAAGGAAGUCUUUGAAGAAUUACCAACCGGUCCUGAUAAUAACGAAGCUAAAAUUUUCAAUCCAGAAAAGAAAGUUAGAAGAAGACAAGGUUACGAAGAAGGAGAUUAUACUUUAUUCCACGAGAUGCCAUUGUUAGAGUUUAUUAAGAAUGAAGAUCCAAUUAAUACUCUAGGAACAUUAAAUAAAUUGUCGGAACCACCUAAAGAUGAUCAUGAAUGGAAAAUUUUAAAAAAGUCGAGGUUGUGUACGCCAGAAUUAUUGGAAUGUAUUAAGGAUUUAAAAGUUUUGGGUAGAAAGGACUUUAAGCACUUGCUAAAAUUCAGAAAACAAGCCAGGGAUUUACUUGGAUUGGAUGCUAAAGAAGAGACUCAAGAAAUUGAAGUCGAACCAUUAACAGAGGACCAACAGAUUGAAAAAGAAUUGCAAGAGUUGACGGAAAAGCAAAAACAAAAAGCAAAGAAGGCAAAAAAACAAUCUAACGAAAUCAAACAAAAGGAAAUUCAAAGAUCGCAAAUGAAUAUGUUGACAGAUAUGAAUAUCGGUAUUGAGGCAGCUCAAAUUGGAGCCGAGUCCCUAUUUAAUUUGAAAACAGCUAUUAAGACAGGCCAAUUAGAAAAAUUAAGUAAGGGUAAAAAGAAGAUGAUCUUUAAUGACGAAGAAAUCAUGAAGGAUAAUGACAUUAACUUUGAUGAAGAGGCCGAUGCUAAUUCUGAAGAUGAAAUCGACGAGUUAGAAGCACAGUUGGAUGAUAUGUACAAUUCUUAUCAAAAUAGAAGAGCUGAAAGAGAUGCAAAUUACAGAGCCAAGAAGUUGAGAGGUGAUGUUGAUGAUGAAGGUUGGGAAGGUAUCGAAUCAGAUAAAGAAGGAAGCGACAGAGAAGCAGAAGCUAACGACUAUGAGAUGGAAAGUGAAUCUGAUUCCGACGAUGACGAACAUAUUCAAAGAAUUGCCGAUCAAAGGAAGAAAGAAUUAUCUAAGAAUGCGAAGGUAUUUUUUGCUUCAGAUAGUAUAUUUGGUGAAUUAGGUGACGAUUCCUUACUUGAAGAAAUGAAUAAGAAGGAGGCCAAGAGUAAUCAAGUUCCUAAUGGAAAUGCCGUCGAUCAUACGAACGAUACCAAUAAGUCAGAUCAGAUGGAAGUCGAUAGUAGCGAUAGCGAAAGUGAUGUAAGUGAUGACAGUGAUUUUGAAAUCGUUCCUAACGCUCCAGAUGAAGAACUCUCUGAUAGUGAUUCCGAUAAUGAAAAUGACGUAUCACGUAAAUAUUCAAAGGCAAAGGAUCAACAACAGAAAGUGGAUAUUGCUACGGUUGAAGCAAUGACUUUAGCCCAUCAAGUGGCAUUAGGGCAUAAAAACAAGCAUGAUUUAGUCAAUGAAGGUAUUCAUAAGUAUUCUUUCAGAGACCAUGAUGAUCUUCCUGAAUGGUUUGUGGAUGAUGAGAAGAGAAAUUCGAAGAUCGUUAAGCCAAUCACUAAGGAAGCAGCAUUGGCUAUCAAAGAGAAACAGAAGCAAUUGAACGCCAGACCUAUCAAGAAGGUUUUGGAAGCCCAGGGCCGUAAGAAAUUAAGAGCAUUGAAGAGAUUAGAGAAGUUGAAGAAGAAGUCUGAUAUGAUCAACGAAGACAGUGCCAAAUCCGAAAGGGACAAGGCAGAUGAAAUCCAGAAGUUGAUGAAGAAAUUAACCAAGAAACAGAAGACAAAACCAAAGGCCACUUUGGUUGUUGCCAGAGGUUCUAAUAGAGGUUUGAGUGGAAGACCUAAGGGUGUCAAGGGUAAGUAUAAGAUGGUUGACGGUGUUAUGAAGAACGAACAAAGAGCUUUGAAGAGAAUUGCAAAGAAACAUAAAAAAUAG